AGCUCACAAAACCUGGGUCUCUGGAUUUAUUUCAGCCCCAACUGUGUACCUGCAUUGGUCACAUGAAUUGUCCUAAAUGAGCCAGGAAGUCAGGAAGGAUCAGCUCAGAGGGAGGUGUCCUCCCUCUGCACACCCAAAAUUAGGCAACAUUAGUCUUUUGGUGAAAAGCAUUCAAACCCAGUCAAGGCUUGGUGUUUUUUAAAGACUAAAUACUGCUCUGUGUAUCCGGUGUGGUGUUCCUCUCUUACUCAUGGGACAGAGGACUCCAUUUGAGCAUUCCCUAGUGCCUCAUCAGAGGAAGGGAAUGGCAGCAUCUGAAGGGGACAGUUCAGGUGUCCUCAGCCACCCUCUAAGUGGAGAUCCCUGCCUGCCCUAAUUCUGCAGAGCUCCUCAUCCUUCCAUGCAGGGAGGGAAGGAUGCUGUUUCCUUCUGCUCAGCACACUCACAGAGUAUGUCCUUUUCUCCUCAGCUUCCCCACCUUUUGCUCACCUCUUUAGCAGGAUUUAUGGGAGGAUGGGCUUCAAGUGCUCACAAAGGGCAGGCUUUGUCCCUCUCCUGGCCAUGUGUCCCCAGCAUGGCUGGCUGCAGCUGAAAAAGUGGGUAACAGCUCCCCAGCAUGAUUGUUGGGGUGCUUUUGCCUCCAAGGAACAACACCAACCCCCUCAGGCUCCCCUUCCUCCACCAAGGCCUCCAGGGUUCUGUGGUUCAGUGGUGUCACAAUGGAGUUUUCCCUUGACCCUGGAAACAAAAUGACCACACAGGCAUUGUUGGAUGCCAUCACUGAUGCUCCCUAUUCCAGCAGGGAGUCACACCUGUUCACCCUCUGGGUGACUCUGGGGUUGCUGGUGCUGGGAUGCCUCCAUCUCAUCCCUUCUGGGUUCCAACAGACUGCAUCCCCUGAGGUUCUUGAGUCACCAUGGAUAUAAUGAGGGAUGCAAAGCCUUGGAAGCUGCCCCCCGCGCUGGACAAGUACAAGAGCACGUAUCGGAAGGACUUCGGCUGGCACGGCGAUUAUCACUCACCCACCCAGGCACACGUACCGAAACCUUCAUUCCCUCCUGUUCCAGAAGUAUCCAAGUGCUACCUGCCAGAGUGCUACUCCUCUGACCUGACACCAGGACGGGUGGGGAAACUGGAGAUUCUCGCUGAGCCUAUGCACGACCUGUCUUGUUGCCCGUCCAUUCCUCCUCUGUCAACUAGAACUGAAGAGGCGUUGGUAUCGAAGGAACUGCCAUCCACGGGCUUGGUCACCUACCAGCAAUUCGCCCAGGAUUUGUACCUGGAAGGGCUGCACAAUGCUGAUAAAUACAAAACCAAGAACCGGAGCUCAUCUGUUUUAAUGAGAGACUACUCUGACCUCGAUUGGAAAAGUACCUACAAGCAAGAUUUUGAGCACUGGAAAGGAGUCCGUGGUGCGCUUUACACAGAGGAGAUAAGGCCUUCUCCCGUUUUCCCUGAAGAUAACCGCUUCAAUGAGAGCCGCUGGGUUUCUGAGUAUGCAGACAGCUACAGCAUCUUCCUGAAGAGGCUGGACUGGUCAUCUCCCAUCUCUGCACAAUGGCUGCCCUUUGGGAAGGAUGCACGAUGGACACCGCGAUGGAGAGAGUCCACUCACUGAGUGGUGCUAGGGUGGCUGUGGUAAUCACUGGGAUCAUCCAUUUUGGCCCUGAGAGCUGGGGCAGUGGGAAAAAUGUAUAAACAGUUGUGGGACCUGGUCCAAACUACUGUGAGACCUGAGAGUUUGGCUGCUGGAGUGUUCUGAGUAGCAGCAUUUGUCCCAGCUUUGUGUAGGAGGGUUAGGCAAGACCUUCAAAGGUCCCUUCCAACCAAAACCAUUCUAUGGUUCUGUGAUUUUCUGGGCUCCUAGAAAGUGAUUUUCCAGCCAGAUCUAAUUGGGAGAAUAUUUUUUACGGUAAUGGUGGUCGGACACUGUUUGGAGACUGGCAAGGUGGGGCAGAUGCAUGGAUGCUCAUUGAGUGACAAUGCUGGGUCUGAGGAGCCUCACCUAGGCUGGCCCUGUUGGACCAGGGCACCUACAUUGUUCCACAUUUUUUUGAUUCCUUUUAGGAUGUGUUACUUGUGUUGUUCUGUGAUUACAGCUCUUUGGCCCUCCAAGCUGUGUGAUGUUGUUCAUCAGAGACCCUGAAAGCCUUGGAAACCUCAUCUCUACCAAACCUACCACCAUGUCUAUCAGAUGUGAAAAGUUUGCCAAAGACCUCCUUAAGUACAAAUUAUGAUUAAAAUCUCCCAAGAACCUCA